AUGGAAUCGUCAUGAAUUUACCUUUCCCUAAUCGCCUUGGUUGUUUCUCCAGAUCUAUCCAGAGUCCACCAGUGUGUCUUUGAGAUGAAUAUUAAUUAAUAUUUCCAGAUCCUAAAACACACUUCACACUUGGGCUCGCAGCAUCCAAUCUGCACCACAUUGCAUUUCUCUUGUCUCAUCCAAAGUCGUUGAAAAGGUUAUCUUUCAAGCUAGUUGCCUUCAACGCAAAGCAGAUAUAUAUUAUAGCUGGCGUUUCGACGAGACAGACGGUUUUGAUGGUCCAAAUUUAUUAGACUAGGUAUUUCUGUACAGCAGUUUUCUUGACUAGCUAGUCCCCGAUAACUGCUACAAGACAUAUAGCUACCAGUCUAGUGUAGUUCUAGUUGUUCCCUUUCAAAACUUGAACUGGAAGCAAGUCUCAUAUGAAACUUCAGCUACGCUCACCCAAGUAAAGUAGGUUCCUAACGGCGUCUUGCAGAAGGGGCUUCCACCAUAACAAAUGCCACAGGUUUAAAUCAUCGUUUACGGCAGAAUUUGAAUCAAGAUAGCGGCUUCAUAUGGAUCUCUUUGACAUGAAACAGAUGCGAACGUCGCUACCGUCACGCACACACACCGCCUUUUGUUCUCGAUUGGUCUCAGUUUAAGGUCCACCAUGCCGUUCUGAACCUCUGUCAUGAACUGGUUAGUCUAGAGACUCAAGGAAGAUUAAAAACCGUUCAUGGAUUCAACCAAACCUUCUUCAUCGACAAUUAACUAUAAGCUAGCAAAAAUGUCUACGGAACUAAAGCUCGAAGGUCGCUACCGGCUUGAAGUAGUCGGCGGCAACGAGACCAUAAACAGAGCCCUGAUCCAACAACUGCGCACUGUCCGUGGCAGCAUAGUGGCAGGUGUUGCUGCCGAUGCCGGAUCGCCGCCUUCAACCCAGGCCUGUGAGAUCUUCCCCUCGUCGGCCUCAUCAACAACCUCCUUGACCCUCUUCGCCGACAAGCCGUCUGGGGAAACCAUCUAUGCUCUGCGCGGACCGUCGGGCAAGGGCGACCUGCAACUUGUGCAGAUGCCCGCGCCCACAGGGGAAGGACGCAGGAUGGUGGGGUCGAACGUCAUGUCUGACGGUUGGAAGAUUGUCGAAUCAUGGGGCAGGUUGCUGCUGAGGUACAGCGAGGAGCCGGCGGGACUGAGCCACUGGGUUGCUGUCCCUGGCGAGGAGGAGGGUGAGGAUGGAAAGACCACCAAGAGGUGGACGUUCUGGUGGGUGGCGCCGAAUGCGGCCAACAUGAACGACUUGCCGGGCCAUGUACUCGUUGAUAUUCAGGUUGUUCCUGUGGAGUGA